AUGUUCACAUCGAAGAGCCUUUAUUCAGGUCUCUCAUUCACCUUCCUGGCGCUCUCGCUGGUACUUCUCAUUGCAGGCCAACGUUAUGAGCCAAGCGAUCUAGAAUGUGUCCAGAGCGUGUCUUCAUGGUCUCCUGCAUGGGACGCAGUUGAAUAUACUUGGCAAACAUUUCAGAACGGCUUUUCUCAAAAGUCAAUAUAUCGGGGUGUUCCAACUUUGGAGCUGGAAGAAGCGUGGAACGCUUCAUUACAACACGAUCCUAUCAUUAUCCCGACAAAGCAAUUAACAGGUUUACAUGAUGCAGAUACUCAAUUAGUGCAGUCAGAAAACGGCAAUGGCGCUUUGGCGUAUCUUGAAGUUUUUCGAAACCUGGGAUGCUUAAACCUUUUGCGGCAGCACACAUACAGGGAAGAGUAUGACUACUCUUACUUAGACGCAUUCCAAGGUACAGAAGAGCAAAUAAUGGCUCGAGUUGAUGGCUGUGUGCAGAGGCUUCGGGAGGUGCUCAUGUGUUUGGGCGACACAACGCCAUAUCUAAUCAUGUUGACUCCAGAAAAGGCUCAGAAAGAGUCGCCUGAUUUUAACACGUUGCAUAAUUGUCGCAAUUUUGAUAAGAUUCUGGAAUGGACGAAGGAAAGAGAGAGUCCUACGCUGCAUAAACUGCCAAAUUUGUAUAGCCUUAGCCGAGAGAGCAGUAAAUUUUGCACCUCGGCUUUUCUGCCGUUUGUCGGCGGCGGACUCCUAGGAUCCAUCAUCACCCAAGCGGUGAUCCCACGAGCAAAUUGGCACUCGUGUCAGCAACUCGGUCUCGAAGCAGCAGCACGGCCUCCCACUUCAUCAACACCUCCACAAGCACCACUUGACAUUUUCUGGGAUAAUACAGAUCUCUCAACUCAUCACAUGGUACGCACGAAUGGCACGUACAAUCAAACCUCUCCUUUCCGGGGUCCACCCACAAAAGAAGUUGAUCAAGCGUGGGGAAAAUAUUGGCAAACUUGGACGUUUAGCGUGGAUGAGGAGCAAUUCAAGGCCUCGAUGCCUCAGUAUACCGAAGAGGCAGUUCGUCUUGACGAUGGGCGCUAUCUAGCGACAUUUGAAUACACCCACCAGCUACACUGUCUGUACAAUCUCUUCAGGGCGUCAUAUAUGGACUCAUAUCCAGAUGAGAAAGCCAGCUACGACGAGAACCCUCAAGAGUGGCAUGGACGAGUGGACCACUGCAUAGAAAUCUUGAGACAAAAACUGGAGUGCGAUCGUGAUACGGGACUCGUGUUAUACGACUGGGUCAAGGGAAGGAAAGCCCCUACGGCGAACUUCAACGUCGCGCGUAUGUGUUACAACUGGGAGCCUGUGGAGAAGUGGGCGCAAAACCAUGAGGUGGUUGAUUUCCCGAAGAAGCCAAAGAAUGUUGUGCAGCUCUCUAGAAUUCCAUAA